GCUUCAACUUUGGUUGGUGUGUGUCGAAGAAACCUGAUUGCGCCUUGGGGAGAACAGCGGAAAAGGUCCACCGAGCCUUGCGAAAGGUUCGCUGAGCGGGCUCGCGUCCGGAGCCACUCCGGGCUGCAGAGCACCCAGCGGAGCCCACGCCUGGCACUGGUGUGGGACCCGUCCUUCCUGUCUACACCGAGGGGUCCUCGCGUGGUGAGUAUGCGGAAUAAACGCCUUUUGAAAACAAAAAGAAGAAAGGGUGGAAGAAGCGGCCAGGAUCCAGGCCCGCCAUCCCACAGGAGUGAAUCUAUAUCUGGGAGGUCUCCUCCCACCCCAACUCUCAACCUGGGUCCCGACUGCCCACCUCCUCCUCCUCCUCCUCCUCCCAACCACCCCUCCUCCUCCACUUCCAAACACAGCGCCCAAAGGGGCCAGUACAACGCCAACCUGGCCGAGCGAAAGAGAGACGAUCUCUCCGAAGAGAUCAAUUCCUUAAGAGAGAAGGUCAUGAAGCAGUCCGAGGAGAACAACAACCUGCAGAACCAGGUUCAGAAGCUCACAGAGGAGAACACUUCUCUGCGCGAGCAAGUGGAGCCCGCCCCUCAGGCUGAGGAGGAUGACCUGGAGCUCUGUGGUGCUGCAGCGGCUGCUGCCCCACCUCCUCCCAGUGAGGAAGAGUGCCCCGAUGACCUACCCGAGAAGUUUGAUGGCAACCCUGACAUGUUGGCUCCUUUCAUGGCCCAGUGCCAGCUCUUCAUGGAAAAGAGCACCAGAGAUUUCUCAGUGGACCGCGUCCGUGUCUGCUUCGUGACAAGCAUGAUGACCGGCCGUGCCGCCCGCUGGGCCUCUGCAAAGUUGGAGCAAUCCAAUUACCUGAUGCACAACUACCCAGCCUUCAUGAUAGAAAUGAAGCACGUCUUCGAAGACCCUCAGAGGCGAGAGGCUGCCAAACGCAAGAUCCGACGUCUGCGCCAAGGCAUGGGGUCUGUCAUCGACUAUUCCAAUGCUUUCCAGAUGAUUGCCCAGGACCUCGACUGGAACGAGCCUGCGCUGAUUGACCAAUACCACGAGGGCCUCAGUGACCACAUUCAGGAGGAGCUGUCCCGUCUGGAAGUUGCCAAGUCGCUGUCUGCACUGAUCGGCCAGUGCAUUCACAUCGAGAGAAGGCUGGCCAGGGCAGCUGCAGCUCGGAAGCCACGCUCCCCGCCCCGUGCGCUGAUGAUGCCUCACGCUUCAGGACACCACCACGUAGAUCCGACUGAGCCGGUGGGAGGUGCUCGCAUGCGCCUGACCCAGGAAGAAAAAGAAAGGCGCAGAAAGCUGAACCUCUGUCUCUACUGUGGAACAGGAGGUCACUACGCCGACAGCUGUCCUGCCAAGGCCUCAAAGGCUUCACCGGCGGGAAACUCCCCGGCCCCGCUGUAGAGGGACCAUCAGCGACCGGGCCAGAACGAAUAAGGUCCCCACGAGAUGAAAUUUCAACUCCACACUUGCAAGUGAUGCUCCAGAUUCAUCUUCCGGGCAGACACACCCUGUUUGUCCGAGCCAUGAUUGAUUCUGGUGCUUCUGGCAACUUUAUUGACCACGAAUACGUUGCCCAAAAUGGAAUUCCUCUGCGAGUAAAGGAUUGGCCAAUACUUGUGGAAGCAAUUGAUGGGCGCCCCAUAGCAUCGGGCCCAGUGGUCCAUGAAACACAUGACCUAAUAGUUGACCUGGGAGAUCACCGCGAGGUGCUGUCAUUUGAUGUGACUCAGUCUCCAUUCUUCCCCGUCGUCCUAGGGGUCCGCUGGCUGAGCACACAUGAUCCCAACAUUACAUGGAGCACCCGCUCGAUAGUCUUUGAUUCUGAAUAUUGCCGAUACCACUGCCGGAUGUAUUCUCCACUACCACCAUCGCCACCACCAGCACCACAGCCAUCGGUCUACUACCCAGUAGAUGGAUACAGAGUUUACCAGCCUGUGAGAUAUUAUUAUGUCCAGAACGUGUACACUCCAGUUGAUGAAAAUGUUUACCCAGACAACCAUGUGGCUGACUGCAGUGUAGACAUGAUACCAGGAGCACAUAGCAUUCCAAGUGGACAUGUUUACUCACUGUCUGAACCUGAAAUGGCUGCUCUUCGAGAUUUUGUGGCAAGAAAUGUUAAAGAUGGGCUAAUCACUCCAACCAUAGCACCAAAUGGAGCCCAAGUUCUCCAAGUGAAAAGGGGAUGGAAGCUGCAAGUUUCUUACGAUUGCCGAGCUCCCAACAGCUUCACCAUCCAGAAUCAGUAUCCUCGGCUGUCUAUUCCAAAUUUAGAUGACCAGGCUCACCUGGCAUCUUAUGUCGAAUAUGUACCACAAAUACCUGCAUACCAAGCGUAUCCCACCUACACGACAUACCAGACCUACCCAGUAGGAUUUGCCUGGUACCCAGUGGGAAGAGAUGGGCAUGGGCGGUCGUUGUAUGUACCAGUUAUGAUCACUUGGAAUCCACAUUGGUAUCGCCAGCCUCCGGUACCUCAGUACCCUCCUCCACCACCACCGCCGCCGCCACCACCACCGCCACCACCGCCACCAUCUUACAGCACCAUGUAAAUACCUGUCCUGUCCUUCAGGAUCUCUACCCUCAAAUUUUAUUCCUAUUCAGCUUCUCAAUGACCAUGUGCUAAAUUGGACUAUUGUGCCUUCAGACCUAGCUUAAGGCACAUCCUCUCUGAAAAGGCUAUAGAAGGUCAAGGCCACCUAGGAUGGCACACACCCUAAAGCACCAAAAGACCUUCAACAUUUCUGGGAGUCACAGAAAAUGACUCUCAGUUUUCCAAUUUGACUGCCAAGCUCACUCAAAUACUUUGAAAAGUUUACUUUCUAGUGAAUCCUGGAAGCCAGCCUGAGUUUUACCUGCUGAAACCUCUUUGUCACCAUCUAAAUUGCAGGCUACCAGAUUCCCUGUUGAAUAUUUACAGAGAAGCUGAUGAAAACACAGGAAAUGCUGUUUUCUUUAUGGAGGGGGAGAAAAAGAGGAGGAGGAGGACAUGACUUUUGCAGUUUUGGUACUCUACACUUUCUAGAGGACCAACGCCUUAUUGAGGAAGCCGCAAUUAAUUGGUGCAGUGUGAAACGGCUUCUGUGAUCCUCUUGCUGCACCCUUAGAAACUUCACCAUCUUCAAACUCCACUUUCAUGGUUCCGUUAAUUCUCAAGGAGCAGCAACUCGACCGGUUUUCCCAGGAGCAGGCAAAACCUUACAAACACGUAACACCUCAGGCCUGAGGAGGAAGUGCCCUCUCAGACGGACUCUUGCAUGGUAAGAGUGUGCCUUUACAUCCUGGUGCAAAUCACACGUACCCAAAAAUUCUGGCUUUGUCACACCACCUUGCCAUCAUCAUGCCAGUAAUCACUCCCACAAAACAUUUAACCUGGUAACCAGAAACUGUUGGUGGCUCCAGGUGUGUUAGAUGUUUGUGAAAUGUUGUGACCACCUUUCCAUCAUGUGCCAGGACUAAGAGUAUCAAAUCAAAAGUACUCCUAAAACUCUUAAAAGAGACUCUGAGUUAAUGUUACCAGCUUGUCUUGAUGCUUCAGAAAGAUUGUUUGUGAGCAUGGUUAAUUGGCUGGAAAAGCUACCUGAAGGUCUUGGAAGCAUCUCUCUACGUCUCUGCCUUCAUAUGCAUCUGGGCAUUACAUCAUCAGUCCCCUCACUGGACUAUAGCAUUUGGAUGCUUAGAGAGGGGCAAUCAUUUUAGCACCGAGACCCACACUCAUAUGCCUGGGAGGAAUCUCUGAAAAAGAGGAAAUGAGGGCACUGGACACUGUCUUAAGGAUAUGGACUUCCUUGAAGAAUCUCAAAUUCAGCUGGAUGACCUUUCUUCCAGGUCUAGAUGGGUAACCACUGCAAAGGGAAUCAGAGUCCACUUAAUGGAAAAGGGUCCCCUAGAGGGGGACAUUAAGCUGCCAGUAGAUGAAAGGCCUCAGAAAGCAACUCAAAGCAACAGACAACACACUGUUGUCCUCAAUCCAGUGAUACCCUCUGGUGUCUUCUGGAUGUAUUGUGCUAACCUGGAACUGCCUGACUUCCUUUAGCCUGGUCCUUUGCUACUGCCUUGAACUGUUUGUCUAACCUCUCUCUUUCUAUUUACUCCUUUACUACUGCCACUAACCCUGCUGCAGGAUUUGUGUCAUCCUUCCCUGCCUUGGUUGCUGAGACUCCAUUUUGCAGCUGCACAGGGAGAAGAAAGAGGCAGGCUUCGAGGAGCGUGCAUUUCAACACACAAUCUCCAAUUGCCUAAACACAAUUUAAGCAGUACAAAACAACACGGUGUAUAUAUCAAAUUGCCUAACAUGAAGAGGAGUAUAAUGGUGAAGUUUCCUUUUCCAUCCACAUCAUCUUUCACUUUUUUUCAUUAUCACUCACUUAUUCUUGCAUGUUAAAAUAAUUAAACCUUUAGCUGUAGGUUAGUAGUGUCCUUACACAGUGUUUUGAAAUGGUGACUGUGCUUUCAAAAUUUAUUUCCGUUGAAUAGCAAAAUACUAUUCAAUUUUAGUGUCAGUGUGAUAAGUAACGUAGUGUAAAAUGUCUCUUUACUGUGAACUUCUCUUACAACACUGUGAAUGAGAGGCUCCUGCGAACUGGAGUAUUUGUAUAUUCAUCCUGUUCAUCCUCAAUCUUCAGUUUUAACAUCAAAUAAUUUUGGUUUUAUUGAUUGGACUUCUAAAAAUCAUACAACAGCACAUCCAAUUUCGAGGAAGAUAUCUAAUUGGCUACUUACUUGAUCCAAAACAUUUUUUCUUUGAAAGCUUGUCAGUCACUCGUGUGUUUUAGUGUAAUUAUUUUGAAAAUGGUGCAUUUGUGCUUCUGGACUGUUUUGAAACGACACUUCAGUUUACCUCAGAUACCAGUUCAUCCUCCAUACAUUUGAAAUCAAGUUUGUUCUAUGUUAAAUUUAUAGUUGUCACUUGAUCUUUAAGCUGCAGAAGACCCAGAAAUGGGCCAUUGCCUGCAGCCCCGGCAUGUACACAUGGACAUUUGCCACCACUGCAAGCAAAAGUCUGGAGACAUUGCCAGCGACAAAAAUGGUCAGGGGGAGUGCAUGCUGGUAUGGGUUCACAACUCACGAAGUCCUGGCACAAGUUUGGCUGUUUACUAAAGCUUGUGACUUACUUACUGGCAGUGUGUACUAUGCUCUAUUGUGAUAAAUACUAUCUAUAAAUGUAGAUGUUAAGGAUAAGUAAUCUCAAAUUUAUUGGACUUUAGUAUCUGAAUUUUAGUAAGUUUCCUUUCACUCAUUUUAUUGAUCAAAUUAAGUUAAAUCAAUUUAAGUUAAUUGCAUCUUUUAAAAAAUUUCUGGCAUUAACCAACAAAAUGCCUUUAUUCUUGAGAAAGAGGAAAAUGAAGAAAUUAAAUCUCUAAAGAAGUUAGAAAGGGAGAAAAAUAAAAGCACAAGAUAUUAAACAUCAGAAUUAGUAAGCAAAGCCAGUAGUCCAUUCUUUGAAACAAACUGGCAAACUUUAUUGACUGUUGGCCUAAAUUUUCAGUGUUAAUUAAUGAAAUCAAGAAGGAGAAAAAAGAUUUAACAGCUCCCAUUUUCAGGUGAGCUUAGAGAGAACUAGCUAAGGUCAUCAUGCUAGGGUAUUGAAACAAAGUUUUACAUAUAUAUAUGGAGGGUCAGUUUAGUUUGAGCACUGAGGUAUUUGUAUUAGAUGCUGGAAAGUGGAGGAUUCAUUUGAUUGAAUCAGAAUAAGAGGGGCACAUUUAUAUGAUGCAGUCUGGAUUUCUGUUUAAGAAGUUUGCAGGUACCUCAGGCUCCUGAAUUGAUCCAGUUGUCAUCUACCACAGACAUCUCACAUCAGAUACCGUUCCAAGAUUGGCAAUAGAAAAGACUUUGCUGGAAAGACCCGGGAAGAAAUGAAGGACCACCUGCAGAAAUGAAUAGCCUGUGAGGGAACCAUGCUAUGUUUUCAUCUAAAGAGAGGACGCAUUUGGUGGGACUGAAAGUUCUUUGUUGGUUGUGAUUGUAGAACGCUAUCGAAUUAUGUCUGUGGAAACUUGGAUUGUUUAUUAUUUCUUUGUGUAAUCAGUUUAAGUAAUAGGGGAUAUUAUAUAUAAUCAUAAGUACUUUAGUGGUGGGAGGGACUAUUAAGUAAUCUUAAAGGGGUGGGAUUAAUUAGAAAGUUAGAAUGAUAUUAUGUAUUAGUUAUCUCUAUAAGUGGACUUGUAUAUCUAUUUGUGACCCUUUACCCUGUAAUUGUUACCCUUAAAGAUUUUAAGUGAGUGCAGAGGGAAUGGCAGGAGAUCAACCUAUUUAGGAAUAAUUGGGUGUGGAGAAAACCUAGUGGGAGAAAGUUAAAAGAUGAUUGGAUAAAGAAAUUAAGAAGCCUCUUUGCCCUGGGUUUUAACCCUGGGCAUUACGGUUGUGAGCAAAAGUUUUAGAAAGUCACAGCAUGGAUUGGUGCCCUUAGAGCAAUUGUUUCUGGAAAGAUGUUAUUGAUGGGUGGUAAAUUUAUUCAUGGAAGUUACUGGAAAGAGAUGAGUAAGAAUCCUUGUAUUUGCUUCUAUCAGUAGCUCUCCUCUUUACCUCUGCCUCUUUUCCCUACCCCAUCCCCUUCCCCCCUCUCUAACCCUACCCCCAUCCCACUUCCCUAUCCCUAUCCUCAUCCCGACCUCCCUAUCUAUACCCCCUUUCAAAUUGUGUUCCUUUAUUGCUGUAUUCUCUUUACUCAAUAUUUCUCUCUAUUAACUAAUACUGUAUUGUGUCGAUGUAAUAAAAAUUCAAUUAAUAAAGCUUUAGUGGUUAAGUGCAAA